AUGGCACCAAAGAUUACCAAGUCCCAAUUGAUUUUGUUGGUCAAGCCUAACCUUCCAGACGGACCAGAGGACGAAACUGCUGAACAAAUGAACCAAAGAAUGGAUCAACACUUGGUUGAUUUGGAAAAGAGAAUCAGAGAUAUCAGCAUUGAAUUCUUGGAAUGGGGUGAAAUCAGAAAGGAAGACUUUGCUUUCGGUUUGAAGGUUCUCCGUGUUGUUGCUACCAUCCACGACGACUCAAAGGUAUCCUUGGACAAGGUUACUGGUUUGUUCUACAAUGAAGAGGAAGAUGAAGCAGUCAUGGAAGGAGUUUCCUCAUGCGAAGUUGAAGCAUGGAACAAGUUGUAA